AUGCAGUGGGUGUCAAGUAUCUGGUCUUCAGGUGCCAACAACAAGCCAUAUCGACCCCUCCUUCCCGGACCAGGGCCAAGUGAGACAGAGCCUAGCGCAGAGCGGGCCAGUGAGGCAGAGGCAGAAAGACGUCGAGUCGCCCUGAAUUGGCUCCUACAGGGCAACGAGGAUGAUGUCCGAAAGGUGCUCGUUGAUCUGGCUGAACGAAAAGCUUGGCUCCUUCAGCAGGCGCUGGAUGCUGCCACAGACUGCUCGAGCACUCUGGGCUCGCCGAGGAGCCCUCGGAGGUACAGGCGGCGAAGCUACGGCAGCCAGCUGAUGCAGCGCACCUUGCAGCUUGCUGCUUCCACACCGGUGCCGACGUUGCCUGCGAAGGCAGCGACUUUCAAGUCAAUGAGAACGACCCGAACGGACAUGACGCACCCUUGGGAAGACUGCAUUGUGCAGUUUUCGUCACCGGUAUACCUUGUUGAGGAAGAUGAUGGUGAGGUCGUGCUGGACAUCGUGCGUGUUGGCCCCACGGACGAACCAUGUCAAGUAAGCUAUGCCACUCGCGACUGCUCUGCCAAAGCGGACCUUUCUUUCAAGGCCACGGCUGGCACCGUGUAUUAUGAGCCUGGUGAGUUCAGCAAGUCCAUUGCGGUGCCGCUAAUCAGCAACACACGCUGGGACACGCACGUGGAAUUUGCGGUGGAGCUGCUUGAAGAGGGUUUAGUGGGUGGUGUGCUCGGGCAUUACCUGCACGAGACACGGGUGAAGAUCAUCGAUGAUGAUACUUUCCCGUCCACCCGCUUCAAAGACCAGGUCCUGGCGCAGGAUUUCGACUCCAUCCCCAGACUGGGCCUGCUCUGGGAGUACAUCUCACGGAAUUUGGGCGAACCUCUGGUUCAACAGGGCACGCGAAAGAUGCUCCUGCUGGCGGUGCUGGACAGUCUCUUCUUGAUGUUCAAGCUCCUUCUGAACCUCUACAUCUUGCAGUUCGUCUUAAGCCAAAACUUCCCGGAGGAGGAGCUGCUGAUAGUCCAGGAUCGAGUACGCUUCUUGUACUACUCCAUGGCCUGCUUACUGCUGUGGUUCGGCAUUCAGCACUAUUUGCACUACUUGCAGCCUUCUUGGAGGGUGGCUGGACUCACUCGGGCGGUCCUGCAGACGGGGCUUCUCUCCAGCUUUCUGAACUAUGAUGAGGAGUCGCGGAGCACUGUCGACACCGGACAGAUAGGCAUGGCAAUGAUCCACGAUGUGCCGAAUUUGGUGAACAACGGAUUCCUGGGUUUGGUCGCCCUUCUCAGCGCGGUGUUCAAGCUGAUGGUAAUGCUUGCCUUCCAGAUAGUGGUGCCGCCGAUGUUGGGCAAAAGCCCCACCUGGCUUGGUCUGGGUCCUGCCCUAUGCAUUCCGCUCAUUACGUGCUUCUUCUUGUACGUGCGAUUCAACAGCCAGACCAAAGUUCUACGUGACAGUGAAGACAAGGAAGCCGGCAUGGUUGGCUACAUCACGGAAAGUGUGCGGACAUUUCGGUUGAUCGCAGACUUUGGCCAGUCGACCACCGUGAUGGAUCAAUUCCACGAGCGACUGGUUGCUUACAACAGAUCAGCGGUAGCGUGUGCGCAGAUGGAGGUGAACAACCAGCAGUUCGUUGCAUGGAUGACCACCUUCCUAGUUGCCGUGUACACUGUAUUCGGUGGCAUUUCGGUCAUGGACGGCCGGCUGGAGUUUGGAAUGUUCGUUACCAAUAUCGGGGUUUUCAAUACCGCCGGGGCUGCUGGCACAGAGCUGUGUCAAGUCUUGCUGGCGAUGCAGAGGGUGGCUCCAUCCCUGGACCGCAUGGUCAGAUUCCUCAAUUUACCGACAGAUCUCCUGCAUCGUAGAGAUUUGGAGCGCCACCGUCGAUUGGCGACUGCGCAGUUCGUGAAGGAGAAGACGGAGGAGGACACCGAAGAAGACCCAGGAUUUGUGGUGGACAGGCUGAACUUGGCCAUCCACAAUCUGCAGUUUUCGUAUCCGGGCAAUGAGCCGGUGUCCUUCGACGGAAGGUUGGAAUUUGCGCAGGGGAAACUUCUGGCCAUUAUCGGCGCACGCCAUUCCGGGAAGUCGACGCUGCUGAGGAUUCUUUCUGGGAGAAACUUGCCCGGGCUGGACAAUCCUGCAGCCCUCUUCUUCGUUCCUGCUCACCUGCAAGUACUCUAUGUUCCCCACAUGAUCUUGUUUUUUCAUGGCAGCCUCUACUCCAACUUGGUGUAUGGCGCCAGGCAUGCGGAAGACGCUUCCAUGCAGCGGGUCGUGAACAUCUGCGAAAGCCUCCAUCUUGGCCCGAAGAUUCUGGAAGAGAUCAAGUCGCAGGCAGAUAUCAAGGAACGUGAUUGGGGUCAGAGGCUGUCCGCUACGCAGUGCCAGGCGCUGUCCUUGGCCCGGGCGUUCAUUGCAAAUGCAGAGCUGAUGUGCCUGGAGAGGCCCACGGAGCAGUUUCAUGACGAAGACGUGAAGCGGAUCUGCAAGCUUCUCCGCCAGCACGUGAAGCACCGAGGCCUGGAGACUGAUGAAGAGUCCCUCCACCGUCGGAGACCACGAACAUGUAUCUUUACGACCAUGCGAAUGAUGUGCGUCAAAGCCGCGGACACCACUUACUUGGUCAAGCACGAUGGCGUCCAGCAGAUGCCAAGUAGUGAGGUUACGGAGCAGAUGUUGCGAUAG